UGCCCCUAUAAUACAAAAAACCUAAGUAGAUAUGAUUAGAUAUAUCUAUGUAUAUAUAUAUAUAUAUAACUUACGUCCUCCACCAUUUUUAACUACCUAUCGAUCUAUCUAUUGUACUCAACGCUAAAAGUCUUGUACCUACACUCAAUUCGUCUUCUUCUUCAUCUUCUUCACUGUAACUGAAUUUGUUGCAGAUCAUGAAGCCCUCUGCAGAUGGACAAUGUAAUAAUAACAACUCCUCCACUGUCAGAAGAAUUGUGGCGGCCCUUGUCGGCCUGAUUCGUUUCUUCCUGUUUCAGGUGAAUCCCUUCUGGCAAGAACUCGUCUACUUCCUCCUCCUUUCCGGCGCCGGAUUCAUGUCCCUUAAGGUUUCCAGGCCCCGGCGGCGACCUCCGCCGGCCAACGUCGAUCUAUUCUUCACCGCCGUGUCGGCCUCCACCGUCUCCAGCAUGUCCACCGUUGACAUGGAGGUUUUCUCGAGCCUCCAGCUCGUGUUCAUGACCUUCAUGAUGUUUCUCGGCGGCGAGGUAUUCACCUCCAUGAUCGGGCUUCUGCUCGUCAAAUCGAAGAUGAAAAGGAGAAUCCCGAAUGUCUUCACCGCCGGCGCUGAUUCCGAUCGUGUCGCCGCCGGCGACGGGGUCGAGAUCGGUAAGGUUUGUGUUCAUCCCAAUUUGUGGGAAAAAAACCCUCGCGACGACGGCGACAGCCUGAAAUUAAAAUCCGUUGCACUUUUAUCCACCGUCGUCUCCGUUUACCUUCUGGCGGCAACUCUGUCGGGCUCCAUUGCCAUUUUCGUGUACCUUUCGUCGAUUCCGAGCGCGCGCAGAAUCCUCCGGCGAAAAGGCCUGAACUUGCAGGUGUUCGCCGUCUUCACGGCGGUCUCCACGUUCACGAACUGCGGAUACGUCCCGACCAACGAGAACAUGGCCGUGUUCAAGAAGAACUCAGGCCUGCUUCUGAUUUUGAUUCCGCAGAUUCUGAUGGGGAACACGAUGUACCCGAUUUGCCUGCGGGCGUCGAUUUGGGUCGCCGGGAAGUUCACGAGGUCGAAGAAGAAGGAGUACAGGUACAUGGCGGAGAAUGGCGGGAAAUUAGGGUACGACCACCUGCUGGCGGGAAGGCGGUGUGUGUAUUUGGGAAUGAGUGGAUUAGGGUUUAUAGCGUUGCAGUUGGCGGUUUUCUGCGCGAUGGAAUGGAAGUCGGCGGCGGUCGGCGGCGGCGGCCUGAAUGGGUACCAGAAGCUGGUGGCGUCGUUGUUCCAGGUGGUGAAUUCCAGGCAUACUGGGGAAUUGGUUUUUGAUCUCUCUGCCAUUUCUUCUGCUGUUCUCGUGCUGUUUGUCUUCAUGAUGUACCUCCCACCAUACACUUCAUAUGCACCAAUUAGUGAAGGUGACACCACAAAAAUAAGAGACGACGACUGUGACAAUAACGAUAACAAUAAUGAUCAUGAUGUAGAUGAUAUCUGCAAAGUAAGAAGAGAAAACAAGAAGAUGAAGCUGCUGCAGGGUGGUUUCUGGGAAAACAUGUUUUUCUCACAGCUCACAUACCUCACCAUAUUCGUCAUCCUUAUUUGCAUUACAGAGAGGCAUUCGAUCAAGACAGACCCCCUUAACUUCAACGUACUCAAUGUCGUCGUUGAGGUGAUCAGUGCAUAUGGGAACGUCGGGUUCUCAGUUGGAUACAGUUGCGCAAGACAAAUCACACCCGACGGACGCUGCAAGGAUGCGUCGUAUGGUUUUGCAGGAAGAUGGAGCAAUGAGGGGAAAUUUGUGCUGAUCAUAGUGAUGUUCUUUGGAAGGUUGAAAAAAUACACCAGGAGAGGGGGUAGGGCAUGGGCCCUGCAAUAAUACCCUCUCUCUCUCUCUCUCUCUCUCUCUCUCUCUCUCUCUCUCUCUCUCUCACAAAUAAACAUAUAUAUAUAUAUAUGUUUGGUGUGAUUGUAUCAUACAAAAUGUAAGUAGCUUCUACCUAAUGUAAAACGUAUAUGCAGGCUUGAUCAGCUAGUUGUGUAUAUAAAUAUUUCUAGCUUUUGAAAAAUGAGUGUUGAAAUAAUAAUAAUGUAUGUUAGGAAUGUGUAGAAAUGAUGCUGAAAAAUAUAUGUAUUUAUAUGUGUGUGUUUGUCACAAUCAUGUUCCAAAACAAACCACAGAAACAAAAUGGGAGUGGAGUCUAGGUGGAAAGUAAAAACCAUUCGACUAAAAUUAGUGGAGAGUGAAAGUGGAGCAUCAAAAGU